AACACCGCUCAUUCUAUCAUGUCUCUCCGAUUUUCUAGUGGGUCCAGGCAUAUUCGCUUAUGGUCUGGAACUGGAUCUAUCAGACCAUCCAGUGGAGGCUCGGGCUUUGUGGGCAGCAAUGCGUGUGGCAGCUCUGUUGCUGGAAGUGGAUUUUCCUGUGCCUUGGGAGGGGGCCUGGGCAGUGUUCCUGGGGGGAACCAUGCUAGUGGUGUCCUUGGAAACGCUGCUUGUUCUGGCUUUGCUGGAAGUGAAGGGGGACUUCUGUCUGGAAACGAGAAGGUGACCAUGCAGAAUCUUAAUGACCGCUUGGCGUCCUACCUGGAUAAUGUGCGAGCUCUGGAGGAGGCAAAUGCUGAACUAGAGAGGAAAAUCAAGGGUUGGUAUGAUAAGUAUGGACCAGGAUCUUGCCGUGGACUUGAUCAUGACUAUAGUAGAUACCACCUAAUCAUCGAAGAUCUUAAGAAUAAGAUUAUCUCUUCCACUACUGCUAACGCUAAUGUAAUUCUGCAUAUUGACAAUGCCAGACUGGCUGCUGAUGACUUCCGGCUAAAGUACGAAAAUGAGCUCGCCCUUCACCAAAACACGGAGGCUGACAUCAACGGGCUGCGGCGAGUCCUGGACGAACUCACACUCUGCAGAACCGACCAGGAGCUGCAGUACGAGUCCCUGAGCGAAGAGAUGAGGUACCUCAAGAAGAACCAUGAAGAGGAAAUGAAGGCUCUGCAGUGCGCGGCCGGAGGGAACGUGAACGUGGAGAUGAACGCGGCACCCGGGGUGGACCUCACGGUCCUGCUGAACAACAUGCGGGCCGAGUACGAAGCCCUGGCCGAGCAGAACCGCCGGGACGCGGAGGCCUGGUUCAACGAGAAGAGCGCCACCCUGCAGCAGCAGAUCUCCGACCACGCGGGCGCGGCCACCUCGGCCAGGAACGAGCUGACCGACAUGAAGCGCAGCUUGCAGACCCUGGAGAUCGAGCUGCAGUCCCUCCUGGCAAUGAAACACUCCCUGGAGUGCUCCCUGACCGAGACCGAAGGCAACUACUGUGCGCAGCUCGCCCAGAUCCAGGCUCAGAUCGGGGCCCUGGAGGAGCAGCUGCACCAGGUCAGAACCGAGACGGAGGGCCAGAAGCUGGAGUAUGAGCAGCUCCUCGACAUCAAGGUCCACCUGGAAAAGGAGAUUGAGACCUACUGCCGCCUGAUUGAUGGAGAUGGGAACUCAUGCUCCAAAUCAAAGGGCUUUGGAUCAGGAGCCUCAGGGAAUUCACCUAAAGAAUUAUCCAAAACCACACUGGUAAAGACAGUGGUUGAAGAGAUAGAUCAACGUGGUAAAGUUCUUUCAUCAAGAGUUCACUCCAUUGAAGAAAAGACAUCUAAAAUGACCAGUGGUAAAACAGAGCAAAAGGUUCCGUUCUAGUCGCCAUUGAGAAAAGAACAAUCUGGGAAAAAGGAUCCUGUACAACUGCAUUAUUCUAAAUAUCAAGGAGAAG